AUGAAGCAAUCGAAGCCUCGACAGGGGCUGAGUCUUGAGCGCUUUGCUCAUGCAAAGACUACAUCGUACGACAAGAAGAAGGCCAAAGAAAAGGAAUUUGCGCUGAAUGCCAAAAAGGUGAACAAGUACAGGAAGCUGAAACAGCGUCUGGCGAAGGAAGGCAAGCUUGUGCCGCUGGCGGGACCCAUCACACAGGGUGAUGGAGAUGAGGAGGAGCUUGUUCGAAAGGCGCCGAGAUCGAAUGUGCGGAGCAGCCCCCAUUCACGUCCACAAGGAGACGCGGAGCUGGACAGGAUCCGCGCACGGGCUGGUCCAGUGCCGGAUGAGGAUGAUGAGACAAAUGAGAGUGACAUGAUUGGCGAGGAAAGUGAUGAAGAUGAUGCUGAGGCGAGGGCCAGGGACUCAAGGAGGGCAGACAUUGACGCACACAAGGCAAAGGUGGCUGAGGUAGAGAAGCAGCGCAAGCAGCAGACAAAGCUGCUGCGCAAAAGGACAAGGCAUGGACAGCCAGUGAUGCGCUACAGAAUGGACAAGCUCCUGGGCCAACUGCAGGCUGAAGCCCAGCACGGCUGA